AUGGCAGGAAAGAAGCUGGAAGGCAAAAAAACGCUGAGCCAAAAACAGAUCAAAGACCUCAAAGGCUCCUUCGGGAGAGAGAAUUUUUCUGAGCUGGCCAGCAAGCUACAAGAGACCCUCUGCUCCCUGGAGAACAUCUGCUUAGACAUGGGCAUCACUGGAGAAGCUGGAGCUGGCAAGUCAACCUUCAUCAACUCCUUCCGGGACCUGCAUGAGGAAGACGAAGGCGCUGCUCCCACUGGGAGGGGGAUCACCAAUACAGAUCCCACGCCAUACCCACACCCCAAGUAUGCCAACGUGGUUCUCUGGGAUCUGCCGAGUAUUGGUACCCCUAACUUCCAGGCCAAAAAUUACUUGGAGCAGGUCCACGCCUCCCGCUAUGACUUCUUUGUCAUCAUUGCCUCUCAGCUCUUUACCUCCCUCCAUGCCAAGGUGGCGAAUCAGAUCCAGAAAGCUGGCAAGGACUUCUACUUUGUCCGCUCCAAGGUGGACGUAGAUCUGGAGGCGGCUCGCCUGAGCAACCCAUCCCGCUUCAACGAAGCUCUCGCCCUGCAGAAAAUCCGGGAGGGAUGUGUGAAAGGUUUCCAGGGGAAGGCGGCGGCGGUGGCCCCAAACGUCUUCCUUAUUUCCAACUCCCAGUUUAGCAAAUAUGACUUCCCCCUUCUUGUAGAGGCCUUGGAGAAGAACCUGCAACUUCAGAAGAGUCACUCUUUUCUCCUGGCCACCCCAAACGUCUCCCACCGCAUCUUGGAGAGGAAGAAGAACGCCAUGGCUGAACACUUGUGGCUGGUCUCAGUAGUAGCCUGUGGCCACCAGGCUGAGCCCAUCCCGGAGAUUUCAGUUGCAUGCAACGUGGACCUCUUGGUCCAGAUAAUGCGAGGCUACUGCAUCAGCUUUGGUUUGGAAGAGUCGGCUUUAAGGAAAGUAGCUGAGCACACUGAUCAGCCUUUGGAGAAGCUCCAGGCCCUGGUCAAGUCCCCGUUGGCUACUGAAGUCACCAAGGCCCUGGUGAUGGAGCUGCUAGCAGACGCAACCAGCAAAGGACCAAAGCUACCGAAACAGCUGGUGCCGAUGGCCAGCCCAGGAAUGUCGUUCUCUGUCGUGUACAAUGUGCUUAAGACGUUUGUGGACAGCAUCGUUGCAGAUGCCCACAGGAUACUGGUCAAAGUGUUUGUGAGCCACAGGGCCAGCAAUGAGUCUGGGCCCAGCAGCGAGUCAGGGGCAGAAAUAGCACAAGUUUUGGGGAGCUAA